AUGCGCUUCCACUUGUUGGUGAUCGUCAUCGUUGCCCUUUGGACUGCAACGUUCACAUUGGCCGAGGACAUUGCCACAAAGUUAUACCCUUACAUUUACACCAAUCUCAACAACUGGCCAUGUGUACGGCUACUCAACGCAACAAGCACCAUUGGUUGUCAUGUACCAUCCACUGGAAGUGGUGUUGUAUACCAUAUCAAGUCGCAGGACGAUUUGGACAGCUUUGUGAAUGGUGAUAUCGGCACCAGCGACGCCUACAGUAUCGUACUUGGCUAUGAUCUUUUCACACGUCAAAAUAUACAUGCAUUGGAUUCCACUGGCCGUGUCGUAGGACUAGUCGCGUUAUUGCGAGGAGCAAUGGACCAAGACCAGCUUGCCAAUGUCAAAUCCCCGGACAGCCCUUGCCCAAACUGCCAAUUUGGCCUUUAUGCACAAGAUGAGGAUGCCUAUGUAUGGAAUGUGGAUGGACAAGAUUUGAUUGGAGAGAGCUUUAGUAUACCGAUCUUUGGAUUGAAUCCCACAUCACAAUCAUCCAAGCAGAUUUACAGCUAUGUCAUGGAUAUGGUGCGAUACAAUGAAGAACGCAACUACUCCCAUUAUCCGCUACAGGCCAUGGAUUUCAAUAUCUUUAUGUGGGCUGCUGCCAAUUCAGAAACAUGCUUGCGUCGAGGAUGGUGUGAACCAGUUGGCGGGUUAUCAGUAUUUGCUUCACCCUCGUUGAACAUACAAGCGGAUGAUGGAAAGCCUGUGGUGGUAUUGGCAGCCGCGAUGGAUAGUCGAUCUAUGUUCCAUGACUUGACAAUUGGUACGAACACGGAUGUGUCAGGGGUGGUUGCAUUAUUGGCAGUAGCAGAAGCCUUGAGCCGAGUACCAACAGCCGAUCUUUCAAAACACAUCCUCUACACGCUUUUUGCAGCUGAACCUUGGGGAUUUGCAGGCUCCCAGCGAUUUGUACAAGACAUCAGCCAUCCAUUUUCAUGCACCAAUGCAUCUCGUGCUAUCAAAUGUCCCUUUUCAAACGCUCCAUGCACCAAUCCUUGUGUACGCUCUCUGGAAUUUACAAAGAUCAACAUGGAUAAUAUCGAUACCAUUAUCGAGUUCAAUUCGGUUGCCAACGCCAAUAGCUCAGGGUAUUGGGGACAUGUCGAUGAUACCUCAGUGAGUGGUCCUUUGGUUGACAGCUUGGUCCAAUCGGGAAAUGCAUCUAUCCAACCAGCCUAUCAGGAUGGCACGCAACGAAAGCUUCCACCUAGCAGUACUAUGAGCUUCCUCGCAAAGAAACGUGAUACACGUGCUGUCGUUGUUACCGAUUAUCAGAAACAAUUGGGAAGCCUUUACAAUAGCGAUGUGGAUGAUGCAGCAGCUUCUAAUACGACCAUACAAUCCAUAUGCCAACUCGCAACCGCUACAGCCAAAACCAUCUAUGCAGAUGCCCAAGGGAACAACACCGAUGCUGUCACUGCCAAUUGCACAUUAGUCGCGUCCUUAAUGGAUUGCCUCGUAUCGAACUUUUCUUGCCCCUUUAUGCAAAAUUACUUUAACGUGUCGGGGAUCUCACGCGUCAGCCAUUAUACAUCCGUAUUCAAUGUUCGGAACCCACAACCACAGCUUAUUCCUCGUUUUGCUUUUACUUUCUUGGCGGAUGUCACUGGGGUGGAUCAACAGCGAUCGUGUCAAACCAUCCAAGACUGCGGCUCUGAUGAGUAUUGUGUCAAGCAGCGCUGUAUCAAAACAUUUACGGCAUACCAUGACGCCUAUGGCACCGGUCUUCAGUAUGAUGAGGGUACAGGCGAGAUCAAAGUGGUGGAUCCAACAAAAGGGACAUGGACAGAAAGCACAUGGAAUGCACCCAUACUACGGGUAUUCUUGGUGACAUCUCGGAAGCAUCAAAUUGUAGAGCUUGUGGUUGGGAUCUUAUGCACCAUUGCAAGCGUAACAGCUGUGCUGUUUGGUAAACGCUUUUUCAAAAAGACGUUCAAGAUUGACUAG